AUGCAGCUUUCUGUACUCCUGAGCGCACUUAUCUCUUUCGUCAUUCUUGCUGCAGCGUCACCCACGCCUGGAGCCAUCUCGAAACGUUCUUUUGAGCGACGGGAACUUGACACGAACUUUCAACGUGAUCUCCUAGAAGAGCACAAUAAGCGCAAGGAACUCGGGUCGGGUAUUGAGUACGACGGGCACGACUAG